AUGGCACACCAGAUGAUAGACUACGAGGAGGAGAUGAUGAAGCUUUGGGGGCUCGUCAACGAACUGUCAGAACAACUCGCAAACAACCGCGCCCUCGUCGAGCAGCUCAAGUCGCGCGCCGACAACGUCAAGGGCCAGGCAACACACGUCGGCGCGGGCUUCCCACUUCGGCGGUUCAACUUGGACAUCGCAGAUGAGGAGUUCCAGACCGAGCUUGAGGCAUUCGCGUCGCACCUCGUGCUGGAGAACCAGACGCUGCAACACGAGAACAAGCAACUCAAUACGCUGCUCAAAGAAUAUGAACAGACACUGGAGACGGUCAUGGGCAAGUUCCGUGGCGUUGCGCACGCGAGUCAGCAGCACGACCUCGCGCUGCAUUCAUACUACACUCAGCUCCUGCAGAGUCUUCAAACAGCGCACAGCGCUGCCCAGUUACACGACGACACAUCGCUGUCUCUCCUCCUCACACGUCUCUCCACGCUGCUACGCACUGCGUUGCGCUCCACGAACGGCGAGGAAUCCCCUGUCGAUGAGGGCGCGUUCCCUGGUCUCCAGAGCCCAGGUUCACCACGCUCGAUGGCGUCUUCCCCCACGCGCACCGGUACACGGCCCAGGCCCCGCCCUCAGGCGUUCCCCGGCUUCCUUCCAGGCAGCUCGGGAGGAUACUUUGGGACUGAUGGGCUGGGGGACUGGGCACUCGAGAGGGAGAUGGAGAUCCAGCGUCUCGAGGAGGAGAACCGAGCACUCCGCGAGAUGCUGGGCAUCGCUGAGGAAGCUGCUGCUGCCCCACCUCCCGAAGACGAGAAGAGCCCUGAGAUGCCCGAACGCCGCUUAAGCAGCCUCACGGCCGAGGACCUCGAGGCUGACGCUGAGAAGGAGCGCCUCGAGAGCAUGAACGUCCCCCAGACCGUGAUGGAGGAGGCACCAGUCGUUGACGCGGGUGUUCUCGGCUUCCGUGCCGAGGCUGACAGCCCACCCCCUGAACAGGUGUUUGACGAGACGGACGGCGAGGCCAUGUAA